UGCGCAGAAGCCGCGCCGCGCCGCGCCGGAGCCCGUCUCUGCCGCCGCGACCGCCGCCUCGGCCGCCUGCCCGGGCUGGUGGGGGGAGGGGGUCUCGCGCUUUCUCCGUUCGCUAGUCGGCGGCUUCGCCUCCCGCUCGCGGCGCCCCCAGCCCUCCCCGGGGCAGCGAGGUUGGGGGAGCAGGGUUGGAGGGGGCUGUGGAGCGCCGGCUUUCUUAGUAUUUAAGUGGCGCUCGGGGCGGCCAUGUCGGCCGGCGAGGUCGAGCGCCUAGUGUCGGAGCUGAGCGGCGGGACCGGAGGGGAUGAGGAGGAAGAGUGGCUCUAUGGCGGCCCAUGGGACGUGCAUGUGCACAGUGAUUUGGCAAAGGACCUAGAUGAAAAUGAAGUUGAAAGGCCAGAAGAAGAAAAUGCCAGUGCUAAUCCUCCACCUGGAAUAGAAGAGGAAGCUGCUGAAAAUGGUGUACCUAAACCGAAAGUGACUGAAACUGAAGAUGAUAGUGACAGUGACAGUGAUGAUGAUGAGGAUGAUGUUCAUGUCACUAUCGGAGACAUUAAAACAGGAGCACCACAGUAUGGGAGUUACGGAACAGCACCAGUGAAUCUUAAUAUCAAGACAGGAGGAAGAGUUUAUGGAACUACAGGAACAAAAGUCAAAGGGGUAGACCUUGAUGCACCUGGAAGUAUUAAUGGAGUUCCACUCUUGGAGGUAGAUUUGGAUUCUUUUGAAGAUAAACCAUGGCGUAAACCUGGCGCUGACCUUUCUGAUUAUUUUAAUUAUGGAUUUAACGAAGAUACCUGGAAAGCUUACUGUGAAAAACAAAAAAGGAUACGAAUGGGCCUUGAAGUUAUACCAGUUACCUCAACUACAAAUAAAAUUACGGCCGAAGACUGUACUAUGGAAGUUACACCAGGUGCAGAGAUCCAAGAUGGCAGAUUCAAUCUUUUUAAGGUACAGCAGGGAAGAACUGGAAAUUCUGAGAAGGAAACAGCACUUCCAUCUACAAAAGCUGAGUUUACUUCUCCUCCUUCUUUGUUCAAGACGGGGCUCCCACCUAGCAGAAACAGCAGCUCUUCUCAGUCUCAGACAAGUACUGCCUCCAGAAAAGCCAGUUCAAGCGUUGGGAAGUGGCAGGACCGAUAUGGGAGGGCCGAAUCACCUGAUCUAAGGAGGUUACCUGGGGCAAUUGAUGUUAUUGGUCAGACUAUAACUAUCAGCAGAGUAGAAGGAAGACGACGGGCAAAUGAAAACAGCAACAUACAGGUUCUAUCUGAAAGAUCAGCCACUGAAGUUGACAACAAUUUUAGCAAGCCACCUCCAUUUUUUCCACCAGGAGCUCCUCCCACCCACCUGCCACCUCCGCCAUUUCUCCCACCACCUCCAACUGUCAGCACUGCACCUCCUCUGAUUCCUCCACCAGGUAUUCCAAUAACUGUACCACCUCCAGGUUUUCCUCCUCCACCAGGUGCACCACCUCCAUCUCUUAUACCAACAAUAGAAAGUGGACAUUCCUCUGGUUAUGAUAGCCGGUCAGCACGUGCUUUUCCAUAUGGCAAUGUGCCAGGGAUCGAACCAAGGGCAUCACACAUGCAAGUUGCUUUCCCUCACCUUCCUGGUUCUGCUCCUUCCUGGCCUAGUCUUGUGGACACCAGCAAGCAAUGGGACUAUUAUGCAAGGAGAGAGAAGGACCGAGAUCGAGACAGAGACAGAGACCGGGAGCGAGACCGGGACCGGGACCGGGAGCGAGAACGCACACGCGAGAGAGAGCGGGAGCGGGACCAUAGCCCAACACCAAGUGUUUUCAACAGUGAUGAAGAACGCUAUAGAUAUAGAGAGUACGCGGAAAGAGGCUACGAGCGUCACAGAGCAAGUCGAGAGAAAGAAGAACGACAUAGAGAAAGACGACACAGAGAGAAAGAGGAAACAAGACACAAGUCAUCUCGGAGUAAUAGUCGACGGCGUCAUGAAAGUGAAGAAGGAGACAGUCACAGGAGACACAAGCACAAAAAAUCGAAAAGAAGCAAAGAAGGAAAAGAAGCUGGCAGUGAGCCUGCCCCCGAGCAGGAGAGCACCGAAGCUGCGCCGGCCGAGUAGCCUGGGCAUGGGUGGCCUUUUUGUGUAUAUCAGUGCCAGAAAUGGAUGCUAUCGAUCUUGUUAUUUUUUCUGGAUAAUGUUUAAGAAAUUGACCUUUAAUCUUUUUCUGUUAGUAUGCAAAGUUAGCCUCCCCACCCCACCCCCCCAAAAAAUAAAAGAGUGAAUUUUUCAUGUUAAGUUAAAAAAUUUUGUCUUGUAAUAUUUAAAAAAUAAAGCUAGCAAUGACUUUAUACUC